AUCCGCCGUGGGCGUUCCGCUACAAACUCUGUGCUCGCCAUGCCCGUCUUUAUACCCACUGUCGAGCAGAUUGAGGACUAUCUGGAGUCAGUGGAGGAGCUGCUGUUCUCUGCUCUGCAAGCAGCAACCCCCGAUUUGCCUCAAGUCAGCGAAGCCGUCCAUCGCCUAUGGGAGGACGUCUCUCGAUUCGGCCCCCAAUCGCUAGCUCUCCCAGAAUUCCGCAUUCAUGGGCUUGGGACCUUUGAGGUCCCUCCUCCACCACCACCGCCUCCUCCCCCGCCGCCUCAGUCGUUCUUACAGCAUUCGGCGAAAUGGGUCAUUGAUCAUCCGUGGAUGACCGCCGGUGUCAGUCUUGGUGCAGUGGGAACGGGUCUCUUGGUGGGCUAUGGGUUCCACAAAGGCAAGGCGAGGACUGCGCGCACGAGAGCAUCUGCAAGCUUAGAGAGGAGGCAGAUUGUCGUCGUGCUCGGGGGAGAAACGCCCCUGGGUCUGCCGCUGAUCUUGGAGCUUGAGAAGAAAGGAUACAUCGUCAUCACCAGCGUCGCCACGCCUGAGGCUGUUGGAGAGGUUGAGCGACGAUGCCAUGGAUAUGUACGGGCACUGGUGUUGGAUCCUGCAGCGCCCGAUACGAUCCCGUACUUCCUCCGUUCCUUCUCGAACACGCUCUCUCGACGGUUCCCAAUCACUGCUGCCGGUGAUCCAUAUGCUUCGGUCACCCGAGACAUGUACAUCCACUCCGUCAUCUCCCUGCUCACGCUGCCCUCUCCGGCCACAGCUCCUGCGCCUGCACCUCUUGAACAUCUCCCGUUGCGCGAGUCGUACUCUACGUAUCUGCAAUCCACCCACAUCACUCCGUUGCAGAUCCUACAAUCGCUGCUACCCCUCCUUCGGCAGACCCGUGGCCAUGGUUCCUCACAUGGCAAGAAGAGCAUCAUUGUUUGCCUGCCAGCCACGGAUGCACGUGUCGGUGUGCCAUUCGGCUCGGCGCAGGCGAUGAGCGCUGCUGCUACCCUUCGGGGUGUCGAGAUCCUUCGUCGCGAGAUCCGCGCGGCUGCAUCAACCGACGAGACGAAGACCAUGAAGAACAUCAAGGUAGUCGUAGUCGAUGUAGGCACCGUUGGCACCCCAGCUGCCGCACAGCGUCCAGCCGCCGACGUUCAGCGCACCAUGGAGAAUUGGUCGACCUCGGAGAAGAUGUUCUACGGUAUCGCGUUCGCCUCGACUGCAGAGGCUGGUUCGGGCAGGAAACCCACCGACGUGUCGGAAUUCGUUCGCACCAUGGUCGAUGUGGUGAGUAACGGGAAGAAGAGUGACCGGAGAACUGUUGGUGCGAUUGCUCGCCUUGGUCUGGGAGGAUUUCACCAAUGGAUCCAUGGCGACAGAAUCGUAGUCGGUGCAGGAGCGCGGACCUAUGCAUUGGCAUCCUAUCUCCCCUCCCUCAUCCUGGAUGCACUUUUGAACCUCCCGUAUUUCCUCAUGUCAAUCCGUAAUGCCUUGCUCCCUGUUCCUCCGCACGUUCCCGUGCCUCCUCCCCAGGAGCUGCGCCUGGAAGCUCCUCCUCUGGUGCCGGUCGUCGAAAAGGCGACGACGCAUACUGCCGUUCCCGAGGAGGAUCUGGCCAGCUCCGGCUCAGACCAUGAGCAUAUUCACGACCACGAUUUGUCAGAAACCGGCUCUGAAGCUGAUGUGGAGAGCAACGAAGGUUCAGGCGUCGGCGAGUCGUGGAUCAGUACCUCGCUAUGGCUCGUCCCCACCGCUAGCCAGUCAGCAAAGCUGAAACGAGCCAUGGAAGUCAGAAUACCGGCCAAAUCCCCGUCCUCUUUCGUCGACUUCCAACCGCACGUCACGCUCACGACAGUCCCAACGUCGACGGACGUCUCCGAGCUACUACGAGGAGCCGUCCCGGACGGACAGUUUUCAAUUCCAGUCAGCUUCAAGUCUGUUGACGUCGGAGAUAAGUACUUCAUGUCGGUGUAUGCGUCCGUGCGCGAUACCGGGGCGCUCGCUGCGUUGCGGGCGCAUCUCAGGCAGAAGCUCGGGGGAUCUACGGUUCCGCCAAUAGCGCACAUGUCGCUGUACUACAUCGACAGCGCGGAUGCGGAGCUGCGCGCGCAGGUGGCGGCCGAAUUGAAGGGCGCUGGGCGGCGUCCGGGAGAAGGCUCCACGGUGGAUACGUUGGAAGGCUUCGAUGGCCAGUCGAUAUGGAUCGUGAAGUGUGAUGGACCCGUACGAGAAUGGGAGGUGCUGCAGAAGGUCCCUCUCGCAUGA